GGCGUCAGUUCGUGGGCACUUCUGGAGGAGUUUUGGCGUUGUCCCAGUGGUAGCACCCGAACCGCCUUGGAGUCGUCCAGCCCUACCGGUAGUACCAUCAUCUACGUUUCCGGCCCGGCGGAGGUGUGAUUUGAAGGCCUACCGGUAGUAGCACCAUCCAUUCCGGGAGCUACCGGUAGGUCCCACUUGCAAGAUUUAAGAGAUACUGACCGUAGAUAGGAAAGAUCAACGGCCGAAAUCUCCUAAUUUCCGCAAGUGGGACCUUGCCCCGGGGGAUGUUGGCCGUUCCAUCGGAGGGUCAUUGUCGUGACGCCCAUCCCCCGCCCCUGCCGCCGUGCCUGCACCCCAGCCUGCGCACUACCGGUAGGCGCUUCCAGAGGACUCGUCCGUCAUUUCAGUCAGUGGAUCUCCUCCCGCCAUAGCCACGGCACGCUACCGGAAGUGCUAUCUUUCACAUUCUCAAACUGUGGUUGUAUAGCGUUCAUUCACAUCAUUUCGUUCCCCUACGACCUUUCAUCUUAUCAUCUUUCCUUCGAGAAGAGUCACGAACAUGCCGGCAGAGGUCCGUGUGCCAGCGAAUGACGAAGAUGUGGAGGUGGAGGAUGAAGAUUUCGACGACCCCGAUGAUGAGGGCUGGGUCGAGGAGGAACGGUUUCAGAUGCCCGAGGGCAUGGAUGAUGUCAUGCUUGCUGCGGAAGAAGGAGAUGCAGAAGCUCUUCGACAAGCUCUAAGGAUUUUGACUGUCGGCUUGGACUCGGCAUCUGAGGAUGGCGACACAGCACUACAUUUGGCUUGCCUUCAUGGGAACAGAGAGUGUGUGGAGGUAUUGCUUGCAGCUGGAGCAAGCCUGAGCGUGAAAGAUGAAGAUGGUGCUAUUCCACUCCAUGAUGCUGCUGCUGGAGGUUACACUGAGUGUGUUGGCAUGCUUCUAGCAUCUACAAGGAGUCAGGAAGAACUGCUUGCUUUACUGAGGACUGCUGAUAUUGACGGUGACACGCCUCUGCACCAUGCGGCGAGAGGACAGCAUUUAGAGGUGGUUGAGCAGCUGGUAGCAGCGGGUGCUGAUCCAAGAGUGAAAAACAAGGCCGGCAAGUUGCCUGGUCAGCUUGCAGAUCCAAAUUCAAGUGUGCAGAUCUUUUUGGCCUCCUUAAUGCAAUCAUCAUGAUUUGAUCAAAGCCCAUUUCAGAGUUCUUCUACAAAAGGCUGGUGGUUAGGACAGUUGCAGAGCAGACAGUUCUGCUGGUUAGAGUAGACUAGUGAGAAGUUUUCUGAAAGGAGGCCGGAGAGGAGGACGCUGUGCUGCUGCUGUUAUGGUGGAUGAAACAGGUGUAGAGGAGAAACUACAGUUUGUCUGUCUCGGGUAUCCUACCGUGUGGAGUACGAGUUAACUGCGAUGGCUUUGUUUCUAAUUCCAUCCCGCAUCUCAUCGAUCGGUAAGCUGUGCUAGUGAAAAGUCUACUUUGCCGGCACAUGGAGGGGUAGGCAGAUGAUCCUUCAGAUUCCUUUGCUCCUACAUGAUGUGGUGCGUGCAAGCUCUUGAAAGCGUUCCACCCUCCCCUCACCCUUCAAAAAAAAAAAAAAAAAAAAGAAAGUGUCCAGAAAACCUUUCGUUGACAAUCAAAUUCCUCCUUGUAUAAGCCUUUGGUUAACUUCUCCUCAGUCGUCCUGAAGCUUGCCAUUUUCUGUGGGAUUGCUGUAAAAGAAUAAGAAAAAAAGGACUGUGGAUGUCCCUGAGAAUGAUGGUUUGUUUGACAAUCCGCAAUCGAUGAACGGCUUGCCGGUUGCUGGGUAUGGUCAGCUGAUCAGAGUGAGUAUAUCAUGACGAUGCCUGCUUCUGUGUGUGUGGGGCUCACCCUCUUUUUUCCGGUAUGUGGCGAACCGGAAGGGGGUGGUGCAAUAUAAGCUCGACGAGUGCGCUGUUGGUGCCGUGUUUGUUGCCUCAGCAUCAGCGCAACGAGUGAUGGCAGUUUGCCACUGUUGUUUUCUUGCCACUCAAACACAAUUGAUUAUCGCUUUCCUGAAUGGCAGGCUGGGCGUUAUCACAUACUUUCGCUCUACGAGCCAAUUGAUUAUGACAGUUCAUUGCGUUGGAAUUGGAGUUGGUAUUGGCAUUGACUUCAUGGAAUUCAUUGUGGUUUGCCGGGGCAUUGUUUACAUUUGGCUGAUGCAGGGGUGGGUGGGGAAGGGGAGGGAGAGCGGGGGGCGCACCCCUCCACUGGUAGGGACAGUGCAAAACAGGAAAUAAGCGCGAAGAAUGUACAACUUCCAGCGCAAACAGGUAUAGAGUAGGUGGUAUGGGUUGUGUGAAGAAAGAAAUAUUUGGAGGAAAGACGUGUCGCGUCUGUAGACAGUUUGGAGGAAAGACGUGUAGAGUCUGUAGACAGCUGGAUGGCGUACUGCUCGGCAUCCAAUGCUCACCAAUAUUCUGUACGGAGGAAAGAGAUGUGGAAAGGUUAAUGUGUGGAAGAAAGAAAUAUAGACGGGUGAAUGGUAGACGGCGGUAGGCAUCCGAUGCUCGCCAGUAUUCCGUAAUCUAUUCUUGUUCAGAAGUUGGGAACUUUGAAUAUGAAUGUACGUGCAAUGAUGGU